GGCAGCGACCGGGGGUUGUUCCCUCUUCGGCUUCCGUAGACGAGAUCGGGCGGACCUUCGUCCGGUGUUUCGGCACCCCCCCUUCCCCUUCCCCGGGGUCCGGGGGUGACAUUGCACCGCGCCCCUCCUGGGGUUGCGUCGCCGCCCCACGCGGACUCCCCCUCGGCGCGCUGCUCCCACUCGCCUCCCUUGGCCGGGGUUCCCUCCCUUCCCCAGCUGCCCAGUCAUGGGGGCUGCUGUGUUUUUCGGAUGCACCUUCGUCGCGUUCGGCCCAGCCUUCGCCCUUUUCCUGAUCACUGUAGCUGGAGACCCGCUUCGGGUUAUCAUCCUGGUGGCGGGAGCCUUUUUCUGGCUGGUCUCCCUGCUCUUGGCCUCUGUGGUCUGGUUCAUCUUGGUCCAUGUGACAGACCGAUCGGAUGCACGGCUCCAGUAUGGCCUCCUGAUUUUUGGUGCUGCUGUCUCUGUCCUUCUACAGGAAGUGUUCCGUUUUGCCUACUACAAGCUCCUUAAGAAGGCAGAUGAGGGCUUAGCAUCACUAAGUGAGGACGGAAGAUCACCCAUCUCUAUCCGACAGAUGGCCUAUGUUUCUGGUCUGUCCUUCGGUAUCAUCAGUGGUGUCUUCUCUGUUAUCAAUAUUUUGGCUGAUGCACUUGGGCCAGGUGUGGUUGGGAUCCAUGGAGACUCACCCUAUUACUUCCUGACCUCAGCCUUUCUGACAGCAGCCAUUAUCCUGCUCCAUACCUUUUGGGGAGUUGUGUUCUUUGAUGCCUGUGAGAGGAGACGGUACUGGGCUUUGGGCCUGGUAGUUGGGAGUCACCUUCUGACAUCAGGACUGACAUUCCUCAACCCCUGGUAUGAGGCCAGCCUGCUGCCCAUCUAUGCAGUCACCGUUUCCAUGGGGCUCUGGGCGUUCAUCACAGCCGGAGGCUCCCUGCGAAGUAUCCAGCGCAGCCUUUCGUGCCGACGGCAGGAGGACAGUCGGGUGAUGGUGUACUCUGCCCUGCGCAUCCCACCCGAGGACUGAGGGAACAUGGGGGGGACCCCUGGGCCUGGGUGCCCUCCCGAUCUCCUCGUCCUGUAAUUCUCCAUCUCCAGUUCUGGACAGUGCAGGUUGUCAAGAAAAGGGACCUAGUCUAGCCAUGGCCCUGCAGAUGGAGUUCCUGGGGCUCAGGGCGGGUGAGCCCAGUUCAGUGUCCCUGCCCAGACUGGACAUCUUGGUCUUUUUCUCAGGUCUGAAAGGAACCAUUUUUUGGUAUGAUAAAGACCCCCAAAUGCCUUUUUUUUUUAAGUGGGGAGAGGGAGGAGUUAAGCCGGGACCCUCCCUAACCUCCAUAGGCUGUUUGCUCCUGAAUCUGCGGAUCACGGCUCAUUUCUAGCCUAUUUUCCCUUUGGUCCCAGGCCCUGGGGGAAAGGAAGGAAGUGCAUGCUUGGAAACUGGAACUCACGUUGUAACAUCCAUGACCAUCAGCACCCCUCCUUUCCCCAAGGUGAAGUGGAGGGUGCUGGGUCGGCCCACCCUGUGGCCGUGCCUGAGGAGUCUACUGUGGCAUCGCAGGCCCAGAGGGCAGACAUUUUUUCUAGUUUUUAAUUGGGGUGUGGGAGGGCUGGGGAGGUUUUCUAUCACUGUAUUGUUUUUCUGCUGAGGGUGGGAUAUUCCAUCCUUUUAAUCAAGGUGAUUGUGAUUUUGACUAAUAAAAAGGACUUUAUAAUUGUGGGGGAACUUGGCUUUAAGAGGGGAUAAUGGCUUGAGAUUUCUAGUUCCAGGUGGCCCUCCAUCCUUCCUAGCCUCGCGCCCGAUGUUCACCAUUGAUGUGAUAAGAGAAGCAUCAACUGGUGGUAUAACUUGUGGAAGUUGAGUUAACUUCCUAGAAGCAUGUUUCCCCUGUCCAGGAACAGGAUACAAGGAGUUAAUUAACUGCUCUCCCUCCAUGUCUAUCUUUGCCUCUCAAUGGAUAGAGGAACCUCCCACCCUUGAAAGCCACAAAAGACAGUCCAGAAUUAAGAUCAAAACUUUUAAUUUCCAAACAUAUUGAGCAAAAAAUAAUUGAAAUCCUAGCAGCAGCCCUGUUUUCCUAGGUAAAAAAACUAGGCAGUGUAUCUGGGGGAGAGACCAUGACGUGGUGUGAGGUGAAGGAGGGCAGAGCUCACCCUCAGCUUCCUCAGAAAUAAACAUUAGGCAGGGAUCUCCUGAUCUACAGCUUUGGAAGGCCAGAGGCUCAGCCCCUCCUUGAAGAGUCGGGCUCCUCGCUCCCCUGGUGGAUAGUAUAGAGAAGUGGUGUCUAGAAGGACACACGUGUCUGCCUACAGCUGGUGUCCAGUGCCUGUCCCAUCAGGGGCUCCCUGACAGGAGAGGAAGGCAUCCACAGCAUCUCGGGACAGUUCACGCCUCUGUGGUAGCCCUAGCAGAGGUGAAAACCACGCUUUUCCUGUUUCCAAGCCGCUUCUUCCUGGAAAGGGGAGCAGGGGUUCAAGGGAGUGACUGCUGUCCUAAGUGGCGUAGACGGAGAAUAGGAAAUUUUUUUUUUUUUUAAAGAACUCUUAAGUAUAUAAUCAUGACCUUAAAUUUUCUCUUUCCCCCCCCCCCCGCCCCCUCGCGCCUCCUGAAGAUUGGGAUUACAAGCGUGUGCCAGGUGUAAUGUGGUGCUAGGGAUCAGACCCGGGGCUCUGAGCAUGCCCAGCAGGCACUCCAACAACUGAGAUACAGCCCCAGAGAGUUUCGUUGGGGGGCGGGGAGACUGGUUUAUCUCACUGUGUAGACCAGGCUGGCCUUGAACUCACAGAGAUCAUCCUGCUUCCAGCUCCCAAGCAUUGGGAUUAAAGUUAUGCACUAUCA